CUCCCGUUGCGCCUCAUUGCCUUCUCCUCACCCCUUCCCUUCCUUCUUCUCACAAGUGAGAAUCCAUCCAAUCCAGAUCAACCACGAUUUCCUUCCUUCCGUCUACCGUUCACUAGCUCCAGUGGUUCAGGGAUUUUCCCCCCUCUUUUUUCAUUCAAAACGGAGGGAGGAAUUUCAAAUCGGUUGCGUUCGUCCGUUUGGUGGGGUGGCCGGGCAAUCCUAAUCGCGUUUCACCCACGCGUGCUAGCACAACAAUUAACUAGGACUACACAAGCGUGGAGGAAAUUAAAGGAGGGAUUUUGGGCACGAGGGGGUCCUUCCGGAGAUCUCACGCAUCCUGCAUCUCUUCUCUUGCUCGAGUUGCCCAACGGCAUAACAAGGUCAUGCCAAACUGCUGCAAUCUGGACUGCCGGCAAUGAUUCUGCUGCACAAAAGGGAUGACGGCAUGGAUGCUAAUCGAAACCAUCUAGCUUCGCCACACCAUGUGGAUCAUCCAUCCGAGGAUGAUCCUUUUGUCCCCAAGGCCCAUGAUGACACCUCCGGUGAUAGGUCCACACAUUCUGUCGAUGAAUGGUCAGUCGUAUUCGGUGAUGAUUCUGAUGGGGUUGGCAAUGCCAAUGGCACUGAAUUCACCAGCCAUGAGGAUGAUGCCAUCUGGAUACCGCCUGAGGCAGCAGACAAGGAAGAUGAGACCGGCCAUGUGGGUGGAUACAUAGACGAUGACGAUGAGUGUGAUAAUGAUGAUGGUAUCAAGUGGGGGCAGUCCAGCUUCUUCACCAAUGGUGGCGACUCUCACCCCAGCCCCAACCACAGGGAGGAACGGCAGAAUGCCAUGCUCAGAGCCAUGAACGGUCAGCUCAAGAUACUCGCUGGUCGGUUUCUAGAAUCUGCUGGCAUCUCCUUUCCCGAAGGAGAAGGUGGUGAGAGCUGGCUUGAUAUUGUCACCUCUCUGUCCUGGGAAGCUGCACUUCUCAUCAAGCCUGACAGCAGUGUGGGGAAGGAAAUGGACCCUGGGUCUUACAUCAAGGUUAAGUGCAUAGCAUCUGGUACCCGGCGGCAAUGUGAGGUCAUAAAGGGUUUAGUCUUCAAGAAGAAUGCAGCUCAUAAGCACAUGCCGACCAAGUGUCACAAUCCCAGGCUGCUGCUUCUCAGAGGAGUCCUUGGUGAUUCUGAUGUUGGUUUUUCAUCAUUCAAUUCCAUGGAACAGGAAAAAAACCAUCUAGAAAAGGCUGUCAGUAAAAUGAUUGAGAUAUGCAGCCCGAAUGUUAUUCUGGUCGAGAAAACAGUUUCACGUGACAUACAGGAGCUUCUUCUGAAGGAAGGUAUCACUCUAGUGCUUGAUAUGAAGCUCAACCGGUUGCAAAGGAUUGCUCGCUGUUCUGGCUCUCCCAUAGUCUCGUUUUCAGAGGUUCUAAGUAAGCCAAAGUUGAAGCAGUGCGACUACUUCCAUAUUGAAAAAGUUAUGGAGGAGCAUAACCAUACCGGUGAAGUUGGAACGAGGCCAUCUAAAGCAUUAAUGUUCUUGGAAGGCUUUCACAAGCCAUUGGGAUGCACGAUAUUGCUACGAGGAGCAAAUAAUGAAGAAUUGAAGAAAGUGAAGCAAGUCAUGCACUACACAGUGUUUGCAGCAUACCACCUUGUUCUUGAGACAUCCUUCUUUGAAGAUCAAAGAGUAUUCUUGAAUAAUAAAAAUGCUUCCAAAGAAGAAAAUCCUGUCAGUAUGAAGGCAGGACCAUUAGUAAUUCAUCACGGAACCCCUGCUCUCUCUAACGGUUAUCUUCCUGUCAAUCCUAAAGAUAAUGAUGCUUCAGCGCUUAAACUGUAUCUUGUAACUUCUAAUGGAUCAGUAGAAAAAUCUACUGAUGGUGAGACAGCUACCAUUUCUUCUACAAAUCCCGAUGCUCUAAAUUCACUCGAGAAGUGCUUCCCCAAUGAGCUCCCAGAGGGCUCAGUCAUCCAUUAUGAUUCAAAUCAAUCACUUCCUCCUGAAAGGCUAGUAUCGUCAGUCCCAGGAUCACUGAGAAGAUUCAUUGAUAUAUUCUGCCAUCAGAAUAUUUAUUUACCAGUCACUUCUUCUCAAGAGGCAAUUGAUCAUCAGAAAGAUGGAGGGCUUCAAAACAGUCAAGAAAUGGCAAGUAAUGGUUUCCAUAUCAGCCCAAAGGUUGGAAUACCAGUUGGUUCUGGUGAGAAUGUGGAUCAUUUAAGCGAUCCCCGGAAACAAGCAUCCACCUUAACCAACCAACAUAUGACACUGACUGAUCCUUCGGUUAGUGAAAAUCAUGAGCAGUCAUCAAAUUCGUUGGAAAAUGAUGAAAAACACAGCACAGGUUACAUUAGCGGAGACAAGACCUCAUAUAUAGAUGAGGUGGAUGAUGUCUUGGAGUCUCAGAGCAUACUUAUUUUGAUGUCCAGCCAAUGCAUCACAAAGCAGGUUAUCUGCGAGCAGAGCCAUCUAUCCCGUAUAAAAUAUUAUGGAAAUUUUGAUGUCUCCUUAGGACGAUAUUUGCAAGAUAUUUUGCAGAAUCAGAAUCUGAGCUGUUCCUCGUGUGGAGAGCCUCCAGAGGCUCACAUGUACACUUACACUCACCGCAAUGGAAAUUUGACUGUUCUUGUGAAGCGUUUGCUGCCUAGAUAUCGUUUACCUGGUGAUUCUGAAGGAAAAAUUUGGAUGUGGACUAGAUGUCUAAGAUGUGAGCAUGAAAGUGGGAUCUCCAAAUCGUCUCCAAGGGUGUUAAUAUCAACUGAAGCACGCAAUCUUUCGUUUGGGAAGUUCCUUGAACUCAGUUUUUCAAGCCACUCCGCUGCUAGAAGGCUAUCAAUAUGUGGACAUUCGGUGAAUAGGGAUUGUUUGCGCUUUUUUGGGUUGGGCUCCAAAGUUGCAAUGUUCCAGUAUUCAUCAGUCGAAAUUUACACUGCCUGCAAACCACAGCCUACUCUUGAGUUUCACAACCCAAAUACACAUGAGUGGUACGAGCAAGAGGGAAGAAAUGUUCUUGCUAGAGGAGUUAUGCUUUUCUCUGAAGUGACGAGCUUACUACAGAACAUAAAGGAUCAGUUUCCUGAGGUGGCAAUCAACUGUGGUGCCUUCCUUCCAAUUAAAGAGUUUUCUCAACUUGAAGAGAUGGCGAUUAAAGAGAAGUCUGAGUUCAUGGAUUCUCUAGCAAAUGCCGUUGAUCGAAGUGGGAUGCCGAGCUCUGUGCAUGAUAUUCUUAAUGUAAAUUGGCUCUAUCAGGAUCUUCUGCUUGAAAUAUAUGUGUGGGACCGCCGGCUGCAUCAACUUCUAGAGUGUAAAUCUGCUGAAAAAGAAAGAAUGGGAAAUGGCAUCAAGAGGGAAACCUCUGACUUUACAGGUGACCAAACUGCAGUAGUUGCCGAAGCAGAUGGUAUUGCUGAGCGAACAAGCAGCAAGUCCUUUGAGAAUGAAACUAUUGAGCCAGAGAAGUUCAGUGAACCAGGGAGCAGACAUGCAUCAACCUUGGUUGAUGAAAAUCCGUGGGAUAAGCACUACGAAGAGCAACAUAGCACAAAAGUGCCUUCUUCUGAAAUCUUGCAUUGCUUGGAUGUGCAGAGCAAUGAGCUAGUUGCACGUUCAAUGUCUCUUAAGCAAGAACCAUUGAGUAGUCCGCGGCAGUUCAGACUUUCCCAAUGGGAUGACAGGGAAAAAUGGGUUUGGAGCCCACUGUAUGAGUCCAGAAUGGCUUACAGGCAGGAACUUCAGGUUGGAUCUUUGGAAAGAUUUGAACUUGUUAACCACUAUUCUCCAUCUCAUGUAUCCCCCUUGCACAAACAAUCUGCUGAGGAGGUGGGAUCUCCACAGUUCAUAGUAGGUCCAGGUGGUAAUGUCUUGUGUGUAUCAGAGGAUGAGAUAUCCAGCAUAAUAUCCCGUGCUCUUGCUGUACCUGAGGAACGUCGUUACUUACUGGAUGCUAUAAUUGAGAGUGAAGCAGCAGACACCAGGGGCAGAGAGUGCACUAAAACAAUGGAGAAGUCUUACAGCUCGAUAUAUGAAAGCUCUUCUGCUUCAUCCUGGUCAUCUAUUGGAUCCUCAGAUUCUGAUACAAGCUUUUCAUCUGACAAUCUCUCCAGCUAUGAUAGCUCGCUUCUAUCAUCCUCUCUCCAUCCGGAAAUAUCUAUCAAUGGGAAAGUAGCUCUCAAAGGGAAGUAUUCAGUUAUUUGUGUACACUCUAACCAGUUCUAUACUCUUCGAAAGAAAUGCUGUCCAUCGGAGCUUGCAUAUAUUACUUCCUUAAGUCGUUGCAAGAAGUGGGACGCUCAAGGCGGAAAAAGUAAGGCUUUCUUUGCCAAAACAAUGGACGACAGGUUCAUCAUAAAACAAAUAAAGAAGACAGAGUUUGAGUCCUUCAUAAAAUUUGCCCCUGAUUAUUUCAAGCAUGUUUACCAUUCCCUAGACACUCGGAGCCAAACGUGCCUUGCGAAAAUUUUAGGAAUAUAUCAGGUUAAGCAAAUAAGACAUGGCAAGGAGAUUAAGAUUGAUCUGAUGGUGAUGGAAAACCUCCUCUUUGGACACAAUGUGUCACGGACAUAUGAUCUCAAAGGUGCUGUCUUUUCCCGACAUAUCUCUGACUCAAAUGACCAUGACACCGUAUACUUGGAUCAAAACUUCAUUGAGGAUAUGCGUGUUUCUCCAAUCUAUAUUAGUGGAAGAACGAAACAUCUCUUGCAGCGGGCAAUCUGGAAUGAUACAUCUUUUCUCACUUCAAUUAAUGUUAUGGACUACUCUUUACUUGUGGGAGUGGACAAGCAAAAGCAUGAGUUCGUAUUUGGCAUCAUUGAUUACCUGAGGCAAUAUACAUGGGACAAGCAACUCGAGACAUGGGUGAAAACAUCUCUGGUGGUACCAAAGAAUGUAUCACCAACGGUAGUUUCGCCUAGGGAGUACAAAAAAAGAUUUAGGAAAUUCAUGACGAAGUAUUUCCUAACAGUUCCAGAUGAUUGGAGUAUGGAGAACCGUUCGGUGUCCUGCAAAUCCUGUGCUCACAUCAACAGCAACUUGCUAGAAGUUAAUGAUGAGAAACCUCAACAUAAAAUUGUGGCACGCGCUUAAUUCUGUGCGAGUCUUCUGUCCAAGGCAGUCCAGUUCCCCUUCUGGCUUAUUGUUAGUUUGUUACUUUUGAACCAGUGUACAUAGAAUGAGUGGCUCAUUUGUCGAGUUCUCCAAAAGUUUGCAGCUUUUAGGCAACUUGUUGGAGCAAGUGUGGUCCACAAUACAUGUCCUAUAGAAUUGUUUUGGUGGCAAUUUCACAACUAUAGUGAAAUUACAUAAUUUAUACGUGCUUUGUUA